AUGUCUUUUAUAAAUGUUGCUAGGGUUUUAGUUAGAAGGUCUUUUAGUAGUUCCUUAUUGAAAACCAGUAAUAAUAAUGUAUUAGCGGAAGGUGUGAAAAUAUCUCUUUCUGUUGGAUCAAUGAAAAAAUCUUUCCACGCUAGUACUUCAAAUGCUUCUGAUAAAUUGUUUCUUGCAAACACACCAGAAAAUAAUCUUUCAAUUCCAUUUGAAUUUACACAAGAAAAUUUGAAAAGAGCAAAAGAAAUUAUUUCACGCUAUCCACCACAAUAUAAGAAAGCGGCCGUUAUUCCUUUAUUGGAUUUAGGUCAACGUCAAUUAGGUUGGACGAGUAUUUCGGUGAUGAACCAUGUAUCUAAAUUAUUAGAAAUACCUCCUAUGCGUGUUUACGAAGUUGCCACUUUUUACACCAUGUUUAAUCGAGAACCUGUUGGAAAAUAUUUUCUACAACUUUGCACGACAACACCAUGUCAAUUAAGUGGUUCGACGGAAAUUUUAGAGACGAUUCAAAAUUAUUUGAAGAUUAAACCAGGUGAUACAACUCCUGAUAGAUUAUUUACUUUGGUAGAAGUUGAAUGUGCCGGUGCUUGUGUUAAUGCUCCCGUAUUGGCUAUUAAUGAUGAUUACUAUGAGGAUCUAACACCCGACACGACUAUAAAAAUAUUAGAAUCGUUAAAACAAGGUAAAUUACCAAAACCUGGACCACAAACUGGUCGCCUUACUUGUGAACCUAAACAUGGUCUUACUUCUUUGACGAGUGAACCGUAUGGUCCCGGUGAUUUUGUUAGACCUGAUUUAUAA